GUUGGCCCCACUUAACAAUGGACAGAAGUAUGGAAAAAAUGAUUUUGGACAGACUUGUCUUAUCUUAGUUGCUAGAUCCCCACCAGAGGGUGGUAUAGCUCCAUUUAGAAACGUCAGUUAGCUUGAUUGGGUUGUACACAGUUUCUUUAAAUUUGAGUUAAUUUCAUAAUUUUCCAUUCAUGGAUUGACUUUUCAAUCCACUCUCAGUAUUGAGGUUUAAUUUGUUUAGAUCUUCUUGAUUCACUGUAGGCCUUUCCCAAUGUGUUUUUACUAUAGAAAACACUUAAUUAAAGCAGCACUCGGUAGUAUAAACGAUAACAAAGUGUUGUCCCUGUUUCGUUUAAAAUUUGGGGGCUUGAGAAAUGUAACCACUCAAAUUCAUAGACAAAGUUAUGGAUGCAAGGACUGAACAGCCAUGAUAUCAAAAGUAUCGUUUUAAGGAUGUUUUAAGGAAAAAUAGUGUUUCUUUCCAGACAUUGGAGUAAAACAAGUUUAUAUUUUGGGUUCUGAUGAGGUGAGACAGUUGAACUAAACUCGUGAGGCAUUUAUAAAUUAUAUUCUUCAAGAAUAAAUGGGUGCAAAUCAUACAUUUUUAAGUGAAAAAAUAUACAGUGAAUAUAGCAACAGCUGAUUGCCCCUUUCCAAGGACAAAACCAAUUCCAGUUUUCUCAAAGUAUGCUCUGUAAUAUAUGUUUCUAAAAGCUUGGAUUGGAACAAGGAGAGGCAGAGUAAUUCUAGGCGCAGAAUAUAAUUAUGUCAGGGUAAAUAUGGCAUGUAAGAUAUUCAAUAGCUUACUUAUCUACUUUAAUGUAUUCCUUCUUUUUUACACAAAGUACGCACUAGGGUAAAUCUAAUUGCUUGUAGUCAUCCUUGGUAGUGGACUUGAAGACUCUUUAUAAUCCUAUUUUAGGUCCAGUUAACUGAGAUUUGAAGAUGUAGUCUACAUUUGAGAUUUUCAGCGGUGCCACGUAACGUUGAGGUAGAGUGUUGCGACUGCCAAACAGCAUUGGUCCAUCCCGUCCUCACUACCCUGACGUCACUCUUGGGAACUGUCCUUACAGUGGUGGUGCUGAACAAGAUGGCUGUGAGUCGGGGAGCGAAGAGCUGAGGAGGAUGAAAUAUACCCCCUCUCCCUCCCCCCAAAUUGAUCCUGACUCAGUGGGUGAGCGGGAAAGGUCAGAUUUAUUUAUUUUUUUUGUCACAGGGGUGACGCGCAAUAGCUUAGUUGUGAAGCGGAGCUGAUCACGUCCACCUAUUUAUACAGGCUAUAGAGACAGAUAUCUACUCCGGAUUGAAGCCGGUGGACAUCUGGGAGCGAUCAUAGCCAGAGCUAAGAGAUGUCAUUGCUGUGUGUUGGAGUGAAGAAAGCCAAACUCGAUGGGGCCCAAGAGAAAUUUAACACCUACGUGACACUGAAAGUGCAGAACGUCAAGAGCACCACCAUCACUGUGCGUGGUGCCCAGCCAUGCUGGGAGCAGGACUUCAUGUUUGAGAUCAACAGGCUGGAUCUGGGGCUGACAGUGGAGGUGUGGAACAAAGGGUUAAUCUGGGACACCAUGGUGGGCACCUUGUGGAUCCCCUUGGAAAACAUCCGCCAGUCUGAUGAGGAGGGGCCGGGGCAGUGGCUGACCUUAGACUCCCAGGUCAUCAUGGCUGAGAAUGAGAUCACAGGCACCAAAGACCCCACCUUCCACCGCGUGCUGCUGGACAGCCGAUUUGAACUGCCAUUAGACAUUCCAGAGGAUGAGGCUCAAUACUGGGCCAAGAAACUGGAGCAGCUCAACUCCAUGAGGGACCAGGGCUAUACAUACCAGGAAGAGGAGAGACCACUUCAAGCACCAUCAACACAAUGCUGUAACUGGAGUCUGUGGGGAAACCAGCAAAAUGAGGACCCAGACAGUGCAAUGGACGACAGAGACAGUGACUACCGCAGUGAGACCAGUAACAGCAUCCCCCCUCCCUUCUACACCAUGUCUCAGCCCAACACCUCCAUGCACCAGUACCCCAUCCUGAGAGACCAGCGCUACUCCUCGCACACCUCCUACAACGGCUCCAUCCAAGAGCUGGACUAUGACAACCAUAGAGCCAUCAGUCCUACAGGCAGCAGUCACUAUGCCUCCUCCGGGGAGCUGAGUCAAGGCAGCUCCCAGCUCAGUGAGGAGUUUGGCCCAGAGGUCGAGGGGAACAUGAGGGGCUCUGUGGAGCUCUACGAUGAGGACAACGCCUACCACUCCUGUCACUCCUCUGUCAGCUACGGCUGGGAUCCCGACGCGCCCGAGGAGGUGUACAGUGACGAGGGGGGCUACAUAAAAGAUGACGAGGAGGAGGGUGAGCUUUAUGAGCCCGAAGAUGGAGAGGGGGAGUACGACUAUGAGAGAGAGGAGGAGGAGGAGAUGGACAGCACUCUAAGCGAGGAGCUGCACUACACCUCCUCCCCUACAAGCACGGCUUCCACGCUGCCCCCCAAGGCCUCCAUUGCCAGGCCUCCUCUGGAGAAACAGGCCUCCCUGAGAGAGCAGCAGCCACAACCCCCAACCCUGGUUCCCUCUUCCCUGGCCCCCACCUCUCAAGCCCACUCAAUGCUCCCUUUCCAGCCCCCUGUCACCACAGCCUCCACCAAGCCUACCUUCACCCCAAUGAUCCAUCCAUCCCUCAUCAAGCCCCCCCCUGCUCCAGAUACCCAGCCCCCUGCUCCAGAUACCCAGCCCCCUGCUCCAGAUACCCAGCCUCCGGUGUUUGAUGCCCUGGAUGACAUCCACCUAGACAUCCAAGUGGAGGAGCCUCUGACUUUAGAGAUGGAGGUCCCUGUCGUAGAGAGCCUCCCAGCAGAAGUCCCCCCAGAGAAGACCCCGGUCGUCAGCAAUCAGAGGCUCAUCAUGGAUCCUGGUCCAGACAGGGCUAGGGCCAACUGGCAACGGCUCUGCAGCAAGGUCCGACUACAGCUGCAGCAGGCUCGGGGGGAGUCCGUUGGGAUUUGCUCCCUGUUGCUAUCAGCAGGGGUGGGUGGUGCGCUGUAUAGCAUCGACAGCAUGCCGGACCUCCGCAAGAGGAAAGCCAUGCCUCUGGUCAGGGACCUGGUCAGUGCUAUGUCCCUGGCUCAGAACUCCAGGAAGGCAGGGUUCACAUCAGCUAUGGCGUCCAGCACUCUCAAUAACGAGGAUCUGAAGAGCCAUGUGUACAAGAAGACCCUACAGGCUCUGAUCUACCCCAUCUCCUGCACCACACCCCAUAACUUUGAGGUGUGGACGGCCACGACACCCACCUACUGCUAUGAGUGUGAGGGGCUGCUGUGGGGCAUCGCCCGCCAGGGCAUGAGGUGCACCGAGUGCGGGGUCAAAUGUCACGAUAAGUGCCAGGACCUACUCAAUGCUGACUGCCUGCAAAGGGCAGCGGAAAAGAGUUCUCAGCAUGGGGCAGAGGACAGAACCCAGAACAUCAUCAUGGUUCUAAAAGACAGGAUGAAGAUCCGAGAGAGGAACAAGCCGGAGAUCUUUGAGCUGAUCCAGGAGGUGUUUGCCAUGGUCAAAGUCAGUCACGUCACCUACAUGAAGCAGAUCAAACAGAGCGUACUGGAUGGCACCUCCAAGUGGUCGGCCAAGAUCAGCAUCACAGUGCUGUGUGCCCAGGGCCUCCAGGCGAAGGAUAAGACAGGCUCCAGUGACCCCUACGUCACGGUCCAGGUGGGCAAGACCAAGAAGAGGACCAAGACCAUCUAUGGAAACCUCAACCCUGUCUGGGAGGAGAACUUCAACUUUGAGUGCCACAACUCCUCGGACCGAAUCAAGGUGCGGGUGUGGGACGAGGAUGAUGACAUCAAAUCUCGGGUGAAGCAGAAGUUCAAAAAGGAGUCAGAUGACUUCCUGGGUCAGACCAUCAUCGAGGUCCGCAUGCUGAGCGGAGAGAUGGAUGUCUGGUACAACCUGGACAAGCGUACAGACAAGUCAGCCGUGUCUGGUGCCAUCAGGAUGCACAUCAAUGUAGAGAUCAAAGGAGAGGAAACAGUCGCUCCAUAUCAUGUCCAAUACACCUGUCUGCACGAGAACCUCUUCCACUUUGUCACAGAUGUGCAGAGUUCUGGUGUUGUGAAGAUUCCUGAUGCUAAAGGGGAUGAUGCGUGGAAGGUGUACUUUGAUGAGACUCCUCAGGAGAUAGUGGAUGAGUUUGCCAUGCGCUACGGAGUGGAGUCAAUCUAUCAGGCUAUGACUCACUUUGCCUGCCUGUCGUCUAAGUACAUGUGCCCUGGGGUGCCGGCCGUAAUGAGUACCCUGCUGGCCAACAUCAAUGCAUACUACGCCCACAGCACCCAGGCCACCAACAGCGUGUCUGCCUCUGACCGUUUCGCCGCAUCCAACUUCGGGAAAGAACGAUUUGUGAAGCUCCUAGACCAACUCCACAACUCCCUUAGGAUUGAUCUGUCCAUGUACCGGAAUAACUUCCCAGCCAGCAGUCCUGAGAGGCUGCAGGACCUCAAGUCUACUGUGGACCUGCUCACCAGCAUCACCUUCUUCAGGAUGAAGGUACAGGAGCUACAGAGUCCCCCCAGAGCCAGUCAGGUGGUGAAGGACUGUGUCAAGGCCUGUCUCAACUCCACCUACGAAUACAUCUUCAACAACUGUCACGAACUCUACAGCCGCGAGUACCAGACAAACCCGGCCAAGCUAGGAGUGGUCGUUCCAGAAGAGCAGGGUCCCAGCAUCAAGAACCUGGACUUCUGGUCCAAACUCAUCACCCUCAUCGUGUCCAUCAUAGAGGAAGACAAGAACUCCUACACACCCUGCCUAAACCAGUUUCCUCAGGAGCUCAACGUGGGUAAAAUCAGUGCUGAGGUGAUGUGGAACCUGUUUGCUCAGGAUAUGAAGUACGCCAUGGAGGAGCAUAAAAAGAACCGGCUGUGUAAGAGCGCAGAUUACAUGAACCUGCACUUCAAGGUCAAGUGGCUAUACAACGAGUACUGCAGAGACCUGACCUUCUUUAAGAGCCGUGUGCCUGAGUACCCGGCGUGGUUCGAGCCAUUUGUCAUCCAGUGGUUGGACGAGAACGAGGAAGUGUCUCGAGACUUCCUGCAUGGUGCACUGGAGAGGGACAAAAAGGACGGGUUCCAGGUGACUUCGGAGCAUGCUCUGUUCUCCUGCUCCGUGGUGGAUGUCUUCUCUCAGCUCAACCAGAGCUUUGAGAUCAUCCGCAAGCUGGAGUGUCCCGACCCCCAGAUCAUAGGCAACUGCAUGAAACGCUUCGCCAAGACAAUUGGCAAUGUUCUCAUAUCCUACUCGGACAUUAUCUCCAAGUGCUUUGCUAACUACGUCAACAUGGAGAAAGUGCCAUGCAUCCUGAUCAACAACAUCCAGCAGCUCAGAGUUCAACUGGAGAGGAUGUUUGAGGCCAUGGGAGGAAAGGAUCUGUGCAAGGAGGCCAGUGACUUCCUGAAAGACCUGCAGUUGAAGCUAAACACUGUGAUGGAUGAUCUCAGCAGGAUCUUUUCUGUCAGUUUUCAGCCACAGAUUGAAGACAAUGUGAAGCAAAUGGGAGACAUCCUUGGCCAGGUGAAGGGGACCAACGUGGGAGCUAACAACUGCAGCAGUGUGGCCCAGGAUGCUGACAAAGUUCUGGAGCCUAUCAUGGAUUUCCUGGACAGCAACCUGACACUGUUUGCGAAGAUCUGUGAAAAGACGGUGCUGAAACGUGUUCUGAAGGAGCUGUGGAAACUGGUGAUGAACACUAUGGAGAGGACCAUCGUCCUGCCCCCUCUCACCGACCAGACGAUGAUUGGAACUCAGCUCAUCUCCAACGCUGCCAAGCAGCUGGGACAGCUCUCCAAGAUAAAGGAGCACAUGGGUCGUGAGGAGGCCAAAGCCCUGUCCCCUAAACAGUGUGCUGUGAUAGAACUGGCCCUGGACACCAUCAAGCAAUACUUCCAUGCUGGAGGGGUGGGUCUGAAAAAGACCUUCCUGGAGAAGAGUCCUGACCUGUUGUCUCUACACUACGCCCUGUCCCUCUACACCCAGGCCACAGACAAACUCAUCAAGACCUUUGUUUCAUCUCAGAUCGCACAAGGCUCUGGUGUGGAAGACGCCGUGGGAGAGGUGUCUAUCCACGUGGAGAUCUUCACCCACCCCAACACUGGAGAGCACAAGGUCACCGUCAAAGUGGUGGCAGCCAAUGACCUGAGGUGGCAGACCACAGGGGUGUUCCGUCCCUUCGUUGAGAUCUACAUCAUUGGUCCUCAUCUAGCUGACAAGAAGAGGAAGUACGCCACCAAAUCCAAGAACAACAGCUACGCCCCCAAAUACAGCGAAACGUUCACAUACGCCCUCAGUAACGAGGUGGGCACAGAGUGUUACGAGCUGCAGGUGUGUGUGAAGGACUACUGCUUCGCCCGGGAGGACCGUACCGUGGGCAUAGCCGUAAUGCAGUUGAAGGACAUGUCUUCUAGGGGCAGCGUAGCGUGCUGGCUCCCCCUGGGGAAGAGGGUCCACAUGGACGAGACGGGCCUCACCGUCCUCCGCAUCCUGUCCCAGCGCAACAACGACGACGUGGCAAAGGAGUUUGUCAAACUCAAGUCAGAUCAGCGCUCUCCCGAGGAGGGCUGAGGAUGAGAAGUCUUUAUUCGCUCAGCGCCAUCUACAGGCUAGGAAGUCCUUAUGCGGACUGACUGCAAGCCAAACUACUGCCCUGAUUUUUGAGUGUUGGUGAAGCACAGAGAAACAGUUCUUUACUAUAGUACUGUUCAUACAUCUUAUUGAAGAGGACAUGUGAUACCUUCUACAGGCAUUUUCCUGGUUGUCUUGAAAGCACCAAUAUCUUUAUUAUGAAUAUAAUGAAUCAUGUAAUUUUGCAUACAUAUAUUCAUAAACACAACAAACUCACAAAACAGACCAACUUACUACAACACAUUCACACAAAGAGAGUUUAAAGGGAUAGUUUGGGAUUUUAUCUACUUUCCCAGAGUCAGAUGAACUCGUGGAUACCAUUUGUAUGUCUCUGUGUCCAGUAUGAAGGCAACUAGAGGUAGUUUCGCGAGCCAGUGCUAAAUAGCUUAGCACCAAGACUUGAAUUCCUCGUGUGGAAUUAGUCGAGGAGACAGCGCGAAGAUUUCACGUCUUUGUGCUAACCUAGCGCUAACACUAGUUAGAAGUGGCUUGCGAAAUUACCUCUAACUUCCUUCAUACGGGACGCAGAGACAUAAUGGUAUCCGCUAGUUCAUCUGACUCUUACGAAGUAGAUGAAGGGCUGCAUUGCCAAAAUCCUGAACUAUCCCUUGAUAGAGUAUAUUGUCUUCCUUUAUCUCUCCCUCUCUCCAUUUCUCAUAGCAUGGGUCAUGUCUAUUUGUGACCUUCCAAUCACACAUUUGAACUAGAUUCUGCCAAUAUUGACUAGUUCCAUGCAUAGGUAUCUAAAUGGUCCUGGAGAUCAAGAUCUUGUAGCCUUGACCUCUCGUCUAUUACUUACUGUAUAUUACCUGCCCUUUCACUUCCUUUAUCUAGACUAGUGCCAAAGAAUCAAUAAAUAACAUUAUGUCAAGUCAAGCCCCAAGCACAAGUUAACAGGACCAACUGUGUACAGCAGACCAUCAGGCUUUUAGGCCUCAUCCAUUCCAAAGAGUAAGGUUUACACAGACUGGUUUAUGAUAGUAUUUCUAUGUGUUUUGGACCUUUCUUAAUUCCCCUGUGGAGUUUUCUAUAGGAGAGCAGGCUGGACUAAAUAUAGAUUGAAAUGUUUAUAUAUAUUAUAUAGAGAUAUUAUCAGUCAAUUUAUGAUAUAUUUAAAGACCUAUAUGAAGACUUUGAACUUGAAAGAGUGUCCCUGUUUGUGUCGCAGUUUAUAAGUCUGUUUGUCUACCCUGUUACAGAGCACACUGCCUGAAACCCUCAAAUGCCUUGUCCUGUAAAACCUGUUGUCUGUCUUCAGUACAAAGUGUGAGCAACCUGAUGAAGACAAGCCUCGGAGCACUGUGAUUCAUCAGUGUGUGUGUGUGUGUGUUUGAGAGAAAGAAAUGAGUGAGUGUGUGUAUAUACUGUUUAUGUGUGUCAUAUUACACCAGUGACAUAAUGUAGACACCAGUGUUCCCUGCUUGUGUAAGUGUGUUAAUCACAGAAAGCCAUUGAGAGGAGAGAACACGAUACAGUGGAAGAAUGCGUAUUCUAUAGUAUAUUUUGUUUCUUUGAGAAUUUCCUAAGUGUCUUUGACUUCGGGGAAUGAAAGUAAAGCAAUUUUGGGAAGGUUUAUUGAUCGUAAAACAUCACGUGUGUGAACAGAUCUCCAUUCGUUUGCCUUGGAAAACAGCCACCUCCUCUCUCUCCUUCAACCUCUCUGAUCGAUAUGUGUCAGUGUGGAGGAGAGCAUUUAGAGACUAAAUACAGAUACGUUUCUUACCGCUUGCGUUGCCAUAGCAACCUCUUGUCAAAUGAUGAUGUCAGGCCACACGUGACCCCCACAGUCUCUUUCUUCCCCUCUGCUGGGGCAGGCACACAUAACGUAGACAUGACCACAUUUACCUAAAAUGGCCUCUUACCAGGCUGUCUGGUCCUAGUUUUGUGCACACGGGGUCUGUUCACAAGGGCUAUAGUACCAGUCCUGCCCACUCCAGUGAGACUUUGCUAUAGAUAGUGACUGAGAUCGCUUUGUGGGAACAGGACCAGUGUCUAGGGCUGUGUAUGUGAACACUUGCAGUCUUUUGUUCAUGGCGCUCACAUUUAGAAGCAGCACAUGGAAGGCUAUUCAGCACAGGGAACCCUUGGAGGUGUAGUAGCUCAUAUUGACCAUGCUGUAUCUAGUGCCAUUCCAGGACCUCCACCUGAAUCCUUUAUUAUUGAUGAAUCUGCCUGGAGGAGGUUGAGGCUGCAGAAGAGGAAUGUAUGUAUUCCUGUGAUGUCAUGAUUGGCUUAUAUUAUGACUGUGAUUGUAAUGACAGGUCUCUCUGAUCUCCCCCUCCUCUUCCCUCUACAGCCCACUGUACUGCCUUAUCUUACCUCUACAGCCCACUGUACUGCCUCCUC